UUCAUCUUUGUAAAUGUCAACAUUGAGUUCGCGAAAUGAAUAUUUGUAGGGAAUAUUGAGUUAUUUGUCAAGUUAACAAAAAUGUCGUCAAGUAGGGAUGAUGCAGUCUUAAAUGGCAUACACAAUCCUAACAUAAGCCAUGUGUUACAUCCACUGACAAUACGCCAUUUAGCCAGGGAAUGGCUUAAAGAAGACACUCCAAACUUCGAUUAUGGUGGGUUUGUUGUUGGUGAAAAGGAGGAAACAGCAGUUUUGCUAAUGAAGAGUCCAGGAGUUAUAGCAGGAAGGCCAUUCUUUGAUGCAAUCUUUAAAGAACUUGACUGUACUGUUACUUGGGAAAAUGUACUUGAAGGAUCGUUCAAUGAACCUAUUAAAACAGUAGCUACAGUUUCUGGAAAAGUACGCCAAAUAUUGUUAGGGGAAAGGGUAGCACUGAAUAUCAUCACCCGAGCUAGUGGAAUAGCAACUGCUGCUUACAGACUACGUAGACUUGUUGAAAAAAUAGGCUGGAUUGGCCAAGUGGCAGGAACCCGGAAAACUACCCCAGGAUUUAGACUUGUUGAAAAAUAUGCACUUCUUGUUGGUGGUGUGUCAACACAUAGAUAUGACCUUUCGGCAAUGAUUAUGUUGAAAGAUAAUCAUAUCUGGACAGCAGGAAGUAUUUCACAGGCAGUGAAAGAUGCUCGAGUGGUAGGAGGGUUCUCCACUAAGAUUGAAGUUGAGUGUCGCAGUGUUGCGGAGGCAGAGGAGGCAGCUAUAUCUGGUUGUGAUGUGGUUAUGCUAGAUAACUUCUCACCUGAGGCAAUUUCAAAGGGAGCUGCAGUUCUGAAAGAGAAAUUUCCAAAGCUGAUCAUAGAAGCCAGUGGUGGAAUUACUGAGGCUAAUAUUGCGCAAUACUGUGAUGAAAAUGUGGAUGUUGUAUCACUUAGUCGUUUAACACAGGGAUAUGACACUGUGGACUUCUCACUCAAAGUACGCAAGGAGGGUAUAGACCCAAGGAACCUGCCUGUGAAGUUGUGAUAUAGACAGAUUUAUAGUAUUCAAAUAUUACAUAACUGUUCUGAUAUAGCCAUUCAAUAAGUAUUUUAUUAGGUGACAUCAGAAAUUAAAUUUUAGUUUUGUACUUUUUAGCUCACCUGUCACAAAGUGACAAGGUGAGCUUUUGUGAUCGCGCAGUGUCCGUCGUCCGUCCGUGCGUCCGUCCGUCCGUAAACUUUUUGCUUGUGACCACUCUAGAGGUCACAUUUUUCAUGGGAUCUUUAUGAAAAUUGGUCAGAAUGUUCAUCUUGAUGAUAUCUAGGUCAAGUUCGAAACUGGGUCACGUGCGGUCAAAAACUAGGUCAGUAGGUCUAAAAAUAGAAAAACCUUGUGACCACUCUAGAGGUCACAUUUUUCAUGGGAUCUUCAUGAAAGUUGGUCAGAAUGUUCAUCUUGAUGAUAUCUAGGCCAAGUUCAAAACUGGGUCACGUGCGGUCAAAAACUAGGUCAGUAGGUCUAAAAAUAGAAAAACCUUGUGACCACUCUAGAGGUCACAUUUUUCAUGGGAUCUUUAUGAAAGUUGGUCAGAAUGUUCAUCUUGAUGAUAUCUAGGUCAAGUUCGAAACUGGGUCACGUGCCUUCAAAAACAGGUCAGUAGGUCUAAAAAUAGAAAAACCUUGUGACCUCUCUAGAGGCCAUAUAUUUCAAAAGAUCUUCAUGAAAAUUGGUCAGAACGUUCACCUUGAUGAUAUCUAGGUCAAGUUCGAAACUCGGUCACGUGCCAUCAAAAACUAGGUCAGUAGGUCAAAUAAUAGAAAAACCUUGUGACCUCUCUAAAGGCCAUAUUUUUCAUGGGAUCUGUAUGAAAGUUGGUCAGAACAUUCACCUUGAUGAUAUCUAGGUCAAGUUCGAAACUGGGUCAGGUGCUGUCAAAAACUAGGUCAGUAGGUCUAAAAAUAGAAAAAACCUUGUGACCUCUCUAGAGGCCAUAUAUUUCACGACAUCUUCAUGAAAAUUGGUCAGAACGUUCACCUUGAUGAUAUCUAGGUCAAGUUCGAAAGUGGGUCACGUGCCAUCAAAAACUAGGUCAGUAGGUCAAAUAAUAGAAAAACCUUGUGACCACUCUAGAGGCCAUAUUUUUCAUGGGAUCUGUAUGAAAGUUAAUCUGAAUGUUUAUCUUGAUGAUAUCUAGAUCAAGUUCGAAAGUGGGUCACGUGCCAUCAAAAACUAGGUCAGUAGGUCAGAUAAUAGAAAAACCUUGUGACCUCUGUAAAGGCCAUAUUUUUCAUUGGAUCUGUAUGAAAAUUGGUCUGAAUGUUCAUCUUAAUAAUAUCUAGGUCAAGUUCGAAACAGGGUCAUGUGCGGUCAAAAACUAAGUCAGUAGGUCUAAAAAUAGAAAAACCUUGUGACCUCUCUAGAGGCCAUACUUAUGAAUGGAUCUCCAUAAAAAUUGGUCAGAAUGUUCACCUUGAUGUUAUCUAUUCAAGUUUGAAACUGGGUCACGUGCCAUAAAAAAACUAGGUCAGUAGGUCAAAUAAUAAAAAACCUUGUGACCUCUCUAGAGGCCAUACUUUUCAUUGGAUCUGUAUGAAAGUUGGUCUGAAUGUUCAUCUUGAUGAUAUCUAGCAAGUCAAGUUUGAAACUGAAUCAACUGCGGUCAAAAACUAGGUCAGUAGGUCUAAAAUUAUAUAAAUCUUUGACCUCUCUAGAGGCGAUAUUUUUCAAUGGAUCUUCAUGAAAAUUGAUCUGGAUGUUCACCUUGAUGAUAUCUAGGUCAGUUUCGAAACUGGGUCAUGUGCGGUCAAAAACUAGGCCAGUAGGUAUAAAAAUAGAAAAACCUUGUGACCUCUCUAGAGGCCAUAUUUUUCAUGAGAUCUUCAUGAAAAUUAGUGAGAAUGUUCACCUUGAUGAUAUCUAGGUAAAAUUCAAAACAGGGUCACGUACCUUCGAAAACUAGGUCAAUAGGUGAAAUAAUAGAAAAACCUAGAGACCAUAUUUUUCAGUGGAUCUUCAUGAAAAUUGGUCAGAAUUUUUAUCUUGAUAAUAUCUAGGUCAAGUUCAAAACUGGGUCACAUGAGCUCAAAAACUAGGUCACUAUGUCAAAUAAUAGAAAAAACGAUGUCAUACUCAAAACUGGGUCAUGUGGGAAGAGGUGAGCGAUUCAGGACCAUCAUGGUCCUCUUGUUUGACUAAUUAGCCCUGUAAGCAUGUGAUAGAUAUAGACAGGUCAUAUAGCUUAGACUAUGGGCAGGCACUUAAUACGGUAAUGCAAUAAUUCAGAAUGUUGUCAUGAGUUUAGACCUCUUCCCUGUGAUAGGCCAGGGGCAACAGAUCGAAAUGUUUUAUGUAAAAUCCAAGGAAACAAGAGACAACAGUUUUGUUCACCAUGAAAUAACCAUUGUACUAACUAAUUUUUGAACAUGUUUAUAAUUGAGAAACUUCUAAACAAAAUUAAUAUGUACAAAUUUAUAAUACAACUAAUAUUAAACAAUUAAUGCUGUAUAAAUCACAGUCAAUGAAUAUUUGAUAAGACAUACCAGACGGGAGAUGAUUUCCAGGGCAUAUCUGGUGCACAUGAAACUGCUCAUCAUGGAGGGAAACAGUUAAGACUGUUCACCCACAAGGAUUGGUGAAAUAUUUUUGAGAAACAAUUUAAAAUGUCCAAUUAGCAUUUAAACACUAGGUAAUGAAUAGAUAUAAUUAUUGUUAAUAGAUUUAGAUUAAAAAAAUUGUUAAAAUAGUACAAAAUGCAAUAUUAUAAGAUAUUAUUUACAUUUUUAGCUUGACUAUUCGAAGAAUAGUCUAGCUAUUCUACUCACCCUGGCGUCGGCGUCGGCGUCACACCUUGGUUAAGUUUUUGCAUGCAAGUACAUACAGCUAUCAUUUAAAGGCAUAUAGCUUUGAAACUUAUUUAUUCUUUUUCUAGGUCAAUUACCAACCUCACUGGGUCAAGUUCCAUAACUCUAACAUGUAUUUUGAGCAAAUUAUGCCCCCUUGUGGACUUAGAAAAUUCUGGUUAAAGUUUUACAUGCAAGUUACUAUCUCCAAAACUAAUGCAGAUAUUGAAUUGAAACUUCACAUGUGUCUUCAGGGUUAUAAAACUAGUUGAUAGCACCAAGUCCCAUAACUCUGACAUGUAUUUUGGCCAAAUUAUGCCCCCUUUUGGACUUAGAAAAUUCUGGUUAAAGUUUUGCGUGCAAGUACAUACAGCUAUCAUUUAAAGGCAUAUAGAUUUGAAACUUAUUUUUUCUUUUUCAAGAUCAAUUACCUACCUCACUGGGUCAAGUCCCAUAACUCUGACAUGUAUUUUGGCCAAAUUAUGCCCCCUUUUGGACUUAGAAAAUCCUGGUUAAAGUUUUACAUGCAAGUUACUAUCUCCAAAACUAAUGCAGAUAUUAAAUUGAAACUUUACAUGUGUCUUCGGGGUUAUAAAACUAGUUGAUAGAAUCAAGUCCCAUAACUGUGACAUGUAUUUUGGGCAAAUUAUGCUCCCUUUUGGACUUAGAAAAUCCUGGUUAAAGUUUUGCAUGCAAGUACAUACAGCCAUCAAUUAAAGGCAUAUAGCUUUGAAACUUAUUUAUUCUUUUUCUAGGUCAAUUACCAACCUCACUGGGUCAAGUUCCAUAACUCUUAACAUGUAUUUUGAGCAAAUUAUGCCCCCUUUUGGACUUAGAAAAUUCAACAGUUUUACAUGCAAGUUACUAUCUCCAAAACUAAUGCAGAUAUUGAAUUGAAACUUAACAUGUUUCUUUGGGGUUAUAAAACUAGUUGAUAGCAUCAAGUCUCAUAACUCUGAUAUGCAUUUUGGUCAAAUUAUGUCCCCUUUCGAACUCAAAACUCUUUUGAGUAAUAAUUUCCUGCUUCUGUGACAAUAUUUCGAAUAGUCGAGCUUGGCUGUCUUAUGGACAGCUCUUGUUUAUAGUAGAACUAUAUAACAGAUUUAACAGAUAUAUUGUACAAUUAGCAUUUUUUAAAAAAUCUUGCAAUAUCUAUAGUGCAUUUAUAUUUUAUUAAGGUACAUUAAUUUUGUUAUUUUUCUUUUCAUUUUAAGACCAAAGGUGCUUUUUAUGUCUCAUGAUAUUUGUCUCAUUUUAGUUUACCUGGGUUUAAAUGAUAUAAAACUAACAAUAGCAAGGCUGCAUUCUUAGACUGGUCUCAAAACUCAAGUUUGUUAUCUCGAAGCCUAGUCCAGAUAAUCAGACAGGUGGAAUGUCUAGUGGGUUCCAUUUAUAGUUAUGUUACAGCCUUGUUCCUGUACUUUUACAAACUUUUUAUUGUUUAUCUGUUAAGCUUUAUUUAAUCAUAUUUUAUCACAUCAGCACAAAUGGAUCUACACUGUUGAUAAUAAUUAUUGAAUAAUAUUGAAAGUAGAUUUAUUUUUGCUAUUACACAAGAUUAGUGCAGAGUUACACAUUUAAACCAGAUAUGAAUGAACUAGUAUUGUAUUCAGAUAUAUAAUUUGGUACCAGUGACUUAAUUCUAUACAACAAUCAUAAGGUUACUGUCUCAAUGAAAUAGAAGCAUUAAUUAUGUGAAUAAUAUAUUACCCUUAUUGCUAAGGUGUUUUUGUGCAGAGCUAUAAAAUUUCCAUGUUAAAACAUUAUUAUGGCUAAAACUUAAGUAUUGUAACAAUAGUUAAAAAUGUAGUAAAUUCGUUCCUAUUCGUUUUGUUACCCAAAUAAACCGAAUAGUGUCGAAUUGAUUUUGUUGCAUGACUCUUGCAUUGUUACUGUAAAACCUGUUUAGUAUACAAGAAUGUCAUCAAAUGCAAUUUGGCAUGUAGACCGUAAGCUAGAUUUCACAUUUAAAAAGUGUGCCAAGUUUGGAUAAUGCCAUUUUGGAUAAAAUCAAGCUGUUGAAUAUUUUACAGGCUAACUUUUCCAUUUAGUAACUAAUAUUGAUUGAACGUUUUCAUUUUCUGAUGAAUAUAUACUAUAAGCUACUUUAGCCAGAACCAUGAAUUUAUUUAAGUGACCAGUACAUGUAAACUGUAUAAUUAAGUGGAUGGGGGCAGUGAAAAUAUUUGCCUUUUCGAAAUUGAGUGAUUUCAAAAUGUAUAUGUUUUAUAGACAAAGAUUCCGGUUUGUCCGGAAAUUAUAUUUUUAUUCAAUUUUCUAAAACUGAUAUGCAUUCUUGUUUGAAUGUUUAAAUCACAGCGGCACUUGAAAACUCAUUUGAAAAUUAAGCCUAUGGUGAAAAUAGGAACAAAUCUUUUACACACCCCUUAUAUACACCAGUAUUUCACCUGUUCUGAUCUACAUUGUCAUUUCACAUGUUCUGAUCUACACUUCAUUUCACAUGUUCUGAUCUACACUUCAUUUCACCUGUUCUGAUCUACAUUGUCAUUUCACCUGUUCUGAUCUACAUUGUCAUUUCACAUGUUCUGAUCUACAUUGUCAUUUCACCUGUUCUGAUCUACAUUGUCAUUUCACCUGUUCUGAUCUACAUUGUCAUUUCACCUGUUCUGAUCUACAUUGUCAUUUCACAUGUUCUGAUCUACAUUGUCAUUUCACAUAUUCUGAUCUCG